GACCUUCGACACAUCGUCCCAGCUGCAGCUCCACCAUGAACAGAACAUCAUGUGUGUCACUGCUUCAUCUCUCCAGGGUGGGAUACAGACUUUGUGCAUCCAAAGCCCCUUCCAUCCAGCUUCCCCGCACCUCAACAUACCCCCCUGUACCUGGCACACACUCUUACUCCACCAACGUCAAGAUGCGCUCCUAUCUUCAGUACAUGAAACGCAAGAUCAUAUCUUCCGGUCCCCCGUACAGUCAUGUGUGCCAGGUAGGAGACCCAGUGCUGCGGUCCCAUGCGGCCGCUGUUGACCCUUCCACUAUAACAGGCACUGAGAUCCAGCAGGUCAUCAACACUUUGGUGACAGUGAUGCGGAAACUUGAGUGCGUGGGACUGAGCGCGCCUCAGAUAGGAGUGCCACUCCGCAUACUGGCCCUAGAAUAUCCUCAGAAAAUGUUGGAGGAGAGUUCGCCUGUGUCGAGGGAGGCCCGCGGUCUCUCCACCCAGCCCCUGAGGGUCUUUGUAAACCCACAGCUGAGGGUACUGGACGGACAGACGCUGGUGUUUCAGGAGGCUUGUGAGAGCAUCUCAGGUUUCUCUGCCACAGUUCCUCGUUACCGUUCUGUGGAAGUGUCUGGUCUGAACGAGAAGGGAGAAGCAGUGGCUUGGAAGGCCAGCGGUUGGCCAGCUCGCAUCCUCCAGCACGAGAUGGACCACCUGGAUGGGGUCCUCUACAUCGACCGCAUGGACAGCAAGACUUUCAUCAACAUCAACUGGCAGGCACACAAUGAGUAGACGGUCCCCACAGAUCCUCAGGACAAACCACAGAUAUUUAUAUGAGGACCGGCACUUUAUCAAUAAAACUUCUACAUUAGCUGUUGGGAGCAUGCAGUGUCUGCUGAAUCUUUUAUGGGACAAAUGGUCUGGCUCGCAGAAAGGUGGGCUUGUUUUGGUGAAUGGUUUCAUGGGACAUAAACUGCCAGAAGCUGAAGGGCUGGAAAAAAACAAACCAAUUACCUCUUAUCACAUUAAAAGUGUAAGCCGGGAGUUUCUGUGGACCUCGGCCUGUGUUUGAUGUUUAAAGAGACUGAGUGUUCAUGAUCAAAUCAGUGAAAUGUAAAGGCCCUUGUCUGCUACAAUCACAAUAAAAAAUACCAAU